GUUCGGCGAGGGAAGUGCUGUGCUGGGGAGGAGGUUGGAGACCAAAGUGGGGUAAAAAAGGAAGAAGAGUCGCUAUCAAAAAUUUUCACGCACUGCACACACUGAUAUACAAAGGUAAGAACGCAAAGCAAAUUUCUCGCGCGAGAUAUGACUUCUGACUCUUCCUCGCUCUGCUCGAUAUUCUUCUUCACCGCCAUCUCAACCACCACCACUACCACGACUCCGCGAAGUGAGACGACUUCUCGAAGACCUCCCCAGCUGGUAUUUUCGAAACGCUUUAUUAAUUUACGGUUCCUUCCUCUUCAUUGCGUCUGACAGCCGAUUAGUUUGGAGCAGAAAGGUGACCUGGGUAUGGAUAAGAAAAGAAGGUGAUGGCAAAUGGAUAUGUCGUGGUUGGUUUCUGUCCAGAUUGAAAAACACUUGAGUUGGAUUACUUAAUUAUUGUCGUGGACCAUACAAGACAUGGGUUGUAGCUGCUUUGGGGCCUCCACUGUUCGCCAGAAGAGAAGUGAUAGGCAGGCUCAUCAACCCAAACAAGUCGAAGAAGGGGCCUUAAGUGCAAAGACAAAAAGUUUCUCAUACAAUGAAUUAAGAGCAGCAACAAACAACUUUCAUCGAAGUAACAAAAUAGGACGAGGAGGUUUUGGUACAGUUUACAAGGGAAUUCUUGGAAAUGGAACGGAAGUUGCUGUAAAGACACUUUCUGCUGAGUCAAAACAGGGAGUGCGCGAGUUUUUGACUGAGAUAGAUACCAUAUCUAAUGUCAAACAUCCGAACCUCGUUGAGUUGCUUGGUUGCUGUGUCCAUGGACCCAACCAGAUUUUGGUGUAUGAAUAUUUAGAAAAUAACAGCAUUGAUCGUGCACUAUUAGGUUCAAAGAGGUCAAUAAAAUUGGACUGGAAACAGAGGUCUGUCAUUUGCAUGGGGACUGCCAGAGGGCUUGCGUAUCUUCAUGAAGAACUUGUCCCUCACAUUGUCCACAGAGACAUCAAAGCUAGUAACAUACUUCUGGACAAGGACUUUCAACCGAAAAUUGGAGACUUUGGAUUAGCUAAACUUUUUCCUGAUGAUAUUACUCAUAUUAGCACAAGAAUAGCAGGAACAACCGGUUACCUGGCACCUGAGUAUGUCUUAGGUGGUCAGUUAACUAUGAAGGCAGAUGUGUAUAGCUUUGGGGUUCUAACACUUGAAAUUGUAAGCGGCAAGAGCAGUGCAAACACCAAUUAUGGAGGAGGCCAGAAGUUGCUAGUCGAAUGGGCAUGGGAGCUUUAUGAAGAAGGGAAACUGCUGGAUCUGGUUGACCCAGAACUUGAGGACUUCCGGGAGGAUGAGGUCCUCAGGUAUAUGAAAGUGGCCCUCUUCUGCACUCAAGCAAAUGCCAGCAGGAGGCCAGCAAUGAGCCAAGUCAUUCAGAUGCUUGCCAAAAAUGUACGGCUAAAUGAAAAAGAACUCACAGCUCCAGGUUUCUUCGAAGAUUCACGAGAAGCAAGUGGUAAACCAUCAAAGUAUAAGUCAUCCGAAACCUCAACUAGCCACCAAAUGAGUUCUGUUCCCAUCACAAUCACUCAGGUGGUCGCAAGAUGAGACGAGCCCGAAAUGCAGUACUCUUCAAGAUGAUGUUUUCAUCCUCUAUGAACCACAGCUUCCUCGAAUUUGCAUUUAAGCUCCAAAAUGGUAUGUAGCUGGCAUUUUUUACCGGCCUUCAAUCUAAUGAUAUUUCUCAUGCCUUGUUUAUUGAAUUCUCAAUGAUCUGCAUUAGAUCUUUCCUGCCUCUGGGGGGCAUUUUUGGUACAUAUGUAGAAUGGACUAUGGAGACAUGGAUCUGAGAGCUUCCCGUAUUCUGUCCUCAAACACAUGAUUCUGGUUUAAUUCUUUCAUAGCAUAUGUAAUUAUUCAUUGGUAAA